AUGGCAACUUCCAGAGAAGCAGAACAACGUAAUCGAGCUUUUCUAAGGGCAGCUUUUGACGGAAAUCUCACACUACUCAAGACUUUUGGGAAGUCGCAUUCUGGAUUUAAGGACCCAAACGGCCGAACGGCGCUUCACCUGGCCGCUGCCGCAGGUAAAACGGAGAUAUGCGGCUACUUGAUUGACCAGUUGAAACUCGACAUGGAUGGGAGAGAUGAUGAUUUAGGUGAUACACCUUUGAUUCUGGCAAUUGUGGAAAAUCAUAAUUCAACCGCUGCCUUUCUAAUUGAACACGGUGCAGAGAUCAUGAAAAGUAAUUAUAAAGCUUUUACUCCCCUGCACUACGCUGCUGAAGAAGGAAACAAGGAAAUACUACAACUUUUGAUCUCCAAAGGUGCUGAAAUUGAUAGCAAUUCUGAAUCCGGGACACCAUUGCAAUGUGCUGCACUCUCUGGAAAAGGAGAAGCUGUGAAGAUCUUAUUAGAUAACAAAGCAAAUCCAAAUUCGGUUACACAGCUUUAUUUUCCACCCCUGAUGCUUUCAAUUAUUGCCAGGUCGUUCAAUUGCCUUGACCUGUUGCUUAAGGCUGGAGCUGAUCCAAACCUUGGUUCAUGUGGAAAGACUCCUCUUAUUGCAGCAGCUUGUGAAGGGGAAACUGAAAUUAUCAACUGCUUGUUAAAAUCUGGUGCAGAUCCCAAUGCCAGAGACAAUUGUGGUGUGACACCAUUAGAACAUGCUGCUAUGCGUGGAGAACAUGCAGCAGUUAAGGUUCUAUUUCCCAUUACUUCUCGGAUUUCAUCUUUUCCAGACUGGAGCUUUACUGGAAUAAUGAAGCACAUAUGCUCUGCAAAAGCUAGGAAACAGAGAGACUGUAGGAGAAGAGAAGUUUUUCAAAUGUCAAAAUCUAAGGGGGAGGAUGCAUUUAAAAGAAAAGAUUACUUGGAUGCAAUUCAUUGGUAUACUGAGGCUAACCUUGCGGAUCCUGCUGAUGCAACAAUAUAUUCUAACCGAAGUUUAUGCUGGGCGCUCUUGAAUCAAGGCAGUCAUGCUUUAUCUGAUGCUGAAAUGUGUGUUAAGCUUCGGCCUAUGUGGGCUAAGGCGCACUACAGAGAAGGUGCAGCAUGGAUGCUUCUUAAUGACUAUCCAAAUGCAUCCCAAUCAUUUUCUGAGGCUUUGAAGUUUGAUCCUGCUAAUAAGGAAAUUCAGAAGGCACAUAGGGAGGCUGUCGAAGCUGCAUUCGGUAUCCCAGUGUCAGAAAAUAUGAGAAUUUUGCGCAUAUAGCAAGUCCAUUAGAAAAUGGUUAUUCGGGGGACUUGUAAUAUCAUAUUUUGCUAUAUACUAUCUUGGAAGUGAUAAAACUCAAAUAGUAAUCUCUCUUGGUAUAUAACUAUAUAGCGUAAAUAGGCAUUCGCUAUAUCUCCUUUCUUUUUGUGCUCAUGGUACUU